CACAGAUGUCCUAGCGAUCUAGCGGGGAAAAUCUGUGCUGCAGAAGUGGUGUCUGUGUAUGAUAUGAUCCAAGUCGAUGAAUACAUCAUUAUCAUCACGCUUCAUGUCCUUUUUUUUUUGCCCCUCUUUUGCCCCCGUUAAUUCACAUUAUUGUUCCUGUCCCUAUAUUGUGUUUUGUUCUUCUGAGCGAAAACACACACCCGACGACCCCCGAUUAAACAUGCCCUAACUCAACUUGUCAUGUCGUUAUGCAUUUCCCUCCCCAUCCUCUCCGGAAUUCUUUCCCUCCUCCUUAAUCUCCCUUUCAUGUACUCUGGAUGUCCUCGACUGGUGAAUGUUAAUCUUCAAAAUGGAUCGUCCUCCAUCCAAAGCUUCACACCCAUCAAGUGCGAAAGGCACAGAACCAUGACCAGAAAAGGGAGAGCGGGGCACGAAGGAAGCAGCCGAGGGGAGAUAAACCUACCUUUUCACCCACCCACCCACCCUAUCUUGCCCUUUCACACAUCCCUCCCUCCACCCCUGUCCCUUCUAAUAAUUGAACCUUCGAUUGAUCUCAACCCAUUGCUGAUGAUGAAUGCGUGGCGUGACGUGACAUGGCCUGGACCCUAUCCUAAACAUGAUCUGACUUGAUGAUGGAAGGAAGGAAGGAAGGAAGGAAGGAAGGAAGUGGGGAGGAAAUGUGGCUGGAGUGUUUGGGGCCUUAGAUUAAUUCUUCCCUUCAAU